AUGAAAGCUAAAACAAAUGAAAGAUUAAUUGUUUUUGUUUCUUUUGUUACAAGUUUCUAUGAAUUAAACAAAUUGAAGUAUGAGAUUCAUAGUUGCAGAAAGUUGAUAUUGAUUGAUUUUGUUGCAAUGUUGAAUUCGGAUGAUGAAUUGGUAGAGAAACUUGGCAGCAAUACAAGAAUUAUAGCGAAUUGUGCUCUUGACCGUUGGAUCAUUCUCUCCCUUUCUCUCUCUUUUAUAUUCCAUUUAUUUAACUUUAAGAAUCACUUUCACUCUUUCUUCUCCACCAACAACAAUAAUCAUAAAUGCCCUAACCCUAACCGUCCAGUUUCAUCUAAACCAAAGCUUUUGAUCUCUCUUCCACCCAGCCCGACGGUCCAUGAUAUGGAUCCGUUGAUGGUUUGUACAGAGAGUAUUGGAUUUGAAAGCAUGCCGUUGGUAGACGAUAAUGAUUGUUCGAUAAUAGAUGAAAAUAAUGAAGGCGGUGAUGACAAUAAUGAUGAAGAUUGUUGGAGGAAUACUAGGGUUGAUGAAGAAAAAGAUGUAAAUGGUAAUAAUACGUUUCCACCGCCGCUUUCCUCGUUAGACGGUAACGGUCUACCGAGUUAUAUUCUGUUACCGGUGAGAAUAAACGGAAGAUUACAGCUCAACAAAAUGAACGUAAAGAGACCAAAAACUGUUUACGCGGAUAGAGAAAAUGGACGGUUGAGAUUGUUUCUAGUUACAGAUCAAUGUUACAUAGAAGAUGAUGAUGCGGAACAAGAGGAAGAGAAAAUGGUUGAAGAGAGUAGGUAUGAAUAUGAGGAAGAGAAAAUGGUUGAAGAGAGUAGGUAUGAAUAUGAGGAAGAUGAUAGGGUUAGAGAGUGGAAUAAUAAUAAUAAUAAUAAUAAUAAUAAUAAUAAUAGUGAAAAUAACAAAAAGAGGACCAAUGAAGAUGGUGCUAGAGAACUUCACAAAACUUUUAAACUCUACCAACAUUCUUCUGGCCAACUUAUCAACUAUGAUAAGUCUGUUAGGACUGCUAAUAGCAUUGGAAACUAUUUGGGGGUUGCCAAAUCAACAUGGGAAGUUUAA